AUGUUCUUGGUAUCAUGCUCGUGUCAAAGGACACGUCAGCAGCAGCACAGCCAAGAUAGCAGUUUCCUUAUAACUUGGAGCAUUGGCAUGCAGCUCAUCUGUCUUCAUUUGGGAGACAUGCGCAGCCGAGCCGACAUAACUUCUGAUGGUUUGGAAGGUGAGAACUUUGAAGCUGACAUUGACGCUGUUGACGACGCUGAAUUGUCUGAUGACGAAGACUCGAGCAGCAAUGAGCUUUCAACCUUGAGGACAAUCCUGUCCGUCCCUCCACUGGACGUGCCCAUGCAUGAGGCUCUUGAGACCGUGCAGCAAGCAUACAACUCCCUGCAUGUUGAGUUUAAAGGUCUUAGGAAGGACUACCUUACCCUCUCGGCGACUGUCCCUGCCUGCAGCCGAAACCGCACACUCAAGAAGACAUCCAUGCUCGACGCGAAAAUCACUGCCGAAGGGAAGAAGUACACGUUGUUCUACCAUUUCUGGGUCAUUCCCGGCGUCUUCCUGACAACACCUCAGCCUGACAUUGACCCUUGUAGUCCUACACACUGGGCAUCUCCCAAGGCUAAGCUCAAUGGAUCUAUGGCAGAGUUGUACAAGUGUGUGUCCAAGGACUUACACGGCUCCAUGGAGAAAUACACGGCGUUUGAUUCUCUGACUGUCCUACAACUAACCUACAUGAUACUUCUCAGUUUCGCGCUGCAGUUAGCACUGAGCGGUCAAACAUUGUGCAUGCUAUCAAGAGCUGCACUGCGAGACAACCCUGGCCUCCUUCGUCUGCUGAAGAAAAACGGUGAGGGAGAGUACAUUUGGCUAGCACCCAUUCUGUUCGCAAGACCAGAUGCCAUGGUGGCUGACGAGUUUCUCAAGAAUCCGGUGCUAGUACAAAUCGUUCACGUUGAGAUGUAUGGGAAGAAAAUACUCUCCGGCAAGACUAAGGGUCAGAAGGCUAGGGGACAGCAUUGCAAUGUGCAAUGCGUCACUGAAGGUUUGAUCACGGGCGCCACUAUUAUGGCACAUUUUUUGUUGACGCACAAUCCUGAGUUCACAGUGACUGGUGUGGAAACGAAGAUCAACUAUCAAGUGGACUACAAUUUUUACUUGGAGCGCUUGUUCAAGCGCACUCCAUGGGCCCGCAGCGUCAUCGACUACUUCAACAAGGAGGUAUUUGACGUCACCAGUUCAAGUCUUGCACCAGCUCCCGAUUCUCCUUCCAUCACUGCUCAGACCCGAACUUGGGAAGACGACCUCUUGGACAAACUUGAUGCUCCUUCUCAAGUUGCUUCCAUGCUCACACACCUCCCUGCUACCUCGGCAGUCAUCGACGUCGUCUCCAAUUACCACGCUUCCAUUUCGGUCAACCAAGGUCAAUCUGCAUCUGCAACUGUGCAGGUGCAGCUGGGCAUCAAUCUGUUGACGCUAGACAACACUGUUGAGCCAACUGUGUCGGUAACUCGCAUGUCAACUAACACACCAGAGCCCGAAGUUGAGGCCACAAAGCGUGUUACUCAUCACGGCGGCGGCAGCAAGGCGUCGGUUGCUAAACCUAGAGGAAGAGGGAGGGCCAAACGCUAA